GCAUUUCAUAUUAAUGAAGACGCGCAUUGGCUCACAGUCUCGUCAAUAUCUCUGGCAGACUUCCUUCAAUAUUAUAUGUAGGAGAGCAGGGUAAAAGUACCAAUAAAAAAAAAUGUUGCCGAUCCACAGCAAGGCUGGGAAGGACUGAAUGGAGGCAGCGCUGUCAGCUGGGGGAGAUAAUAAAUCAGUCUACAGUCAGAGCCCGACACUCACCGAGCGGCUUGUUGAGUUCUCCGUAGACGUCCAGCCCUCGGCCUCCCCAUGCCUCCAUCUCCCCUCGACGACAGAAUUGUGGUGGCGCUGCCAAGGCCUAUCCGACCUCAGGAACUCCAACUGCGCCUGGACACCAGCUACCUGGACUCAGUCACCAGCAGCAGCAGCAGCGACACAGUCAUCAGCACCACCGUGGUGAAGAUCCGGGCGACGGCCAAUCUUGUGACGUAUAUGCCCUCAUCCAAGGGCUCCACGCGCUCGUUGUCGUGUGGAUGCAGCAGUGCCAGCUGCUGUUCUGUGACUACCUAUGAGAAGGACAGCCAGAGCCUUGGCCACAGCCAGGUGAGCGCCAGCAGCCCCAACCUCAGCUAUGCCGGGCCGCCCACGCCGAUGGUCGGCAAACAUGAAGCGCUCAGCACCCCCAGCCUCACCCAGGGCCAGCUGAAGCCCCUAGCCUCCCUGAGGGUCAUCCAUCCCAAUGAGCUGGCCAAGCGGAUGACCUGCUGCCCGCUGGGGCACCCCAUCGGGCCUGUCCCCGUCAUCAUUGACUGCCGGCCCUUCUUGGAGUACAACAAGAGCCACAUCCGCGGGGCUGUGCAUAUCAACUGCUCUGACAAGAUCAGUCGGCGCCGGCUGCAACAGGGCAAGAUCACUGUGCUGGACCUCAUCUCCUGCCGCGAGGGGAAGGACUCCUUUAAGGGCAUUUUUUCCAAAGAGAUUGUGGUUUACGACGAGAGUACCACAGACCCCAACAGGCUAACAUCUGCGCAGCCUCUGCAUGUGGUCCUGGAAUCACUGAGGAGGGAGGGCAAGGACCCCAUCGUCCUCAAAGGAGGCCUUAGCUGCUUCAGGCAGAGCCAUGAAAACCUGUGCGAGCACUCGCUGCACCUCCACGAGGGUUUGGAAACGGGCGCGUCUGCCGGCCUGACGGGGCCUCUACCUCACUCCCUGCCCUCUACGCCGGACAUCGAGAACGCAGAGCUGACCCCAAUCCUGCCCUUCCUCUACCUGGGGAACGAGCACGACGCUCAGGACCUCCACCUGCUGCAGCGCAUGAACAUCGGCUACAUCCUCAACGUGACCACCCACCUGCCUCUCUACCACUACGACACUGGCCUGUUCAACUACAAGCGCCUGCCCGCCACCGACAGCAACAAGCAGAACCUGCGGCAGUACUUCGAGGAGGCGUUUGAGUUCAUCGAGGAAGCACACCAAGCAGGAAUGGGCCUUCUGAUCCACUGCCAGGCGGGCGUGUCGCGAUCUGCCACCAUCGUGAUCGCCUACCUGAUGAAGCACAGCUGGAUGACCAUGACCGACGCCUACAAGUUUGUGAAAAGCAAAAGGCCCAUCAUCUCGCCGAACCUCAACUUCAUGGGCCAGCUGCUUGAGUUUGAGGAGGACCUCAACAACGGAAUAACGCCACGGAUCCUCACGCCGAAGCUGAUUGGUGUGGAAACCGUCGUCUAGACGAGCCGCUCGACCCAACGCUCUUUUACUGUCACUCUUGCUGCUGUGCGAACCGGUUGAGGUGACAAAGAGAGCCGGUGUGUGUUUUUUAAAAAAACCUCCUCGACUUCGUCUUGGAGUCUCUUGAGAUCGCGACCUCUUUGCUGAUGAUGAGAGACGGCGAAGUCAGGAGGAGGCGGCGAAUCAGGUGGAGAAGGAGGGAGAAAGAAAAUCAAUUGUGUUUUGGCGCAGUUACUUAUAAAAAGGGACUGAGGCACACAGUUUGCAGACUCAGGCAGGGUUUGCCACAGUAGUGCCUGUCUAAAUAUAGAAAAUAAUAAAAGAUAAAAGAUAAGGACUUGUUUGGCGUGUUAAUCUUGUUGUUCUAUUUUUAUACUGCGAUUUUAAGGGGAUGACCAUGACAAGCCAACAAAGGCUUACUGUGCAAUAAUUUCUGCUGAAUGCAACCUUGAUCUUAUAUGUGUAUAUAUUGGUAAUGAUCAAGAAAAACAUUUCCAGCUCUUUGCUGAAGAACCAUUUUGAUUUUAAUGUAACAACUGUUCAGCUCUAUAUGUGUUUAUGGUGCAUACAGUAAUGCUGUAAGAUUUGGCGCUGAUCUGUGCGAGAACCAGAGAAGAAGAAGAAGAAGAAAAAAAAAAAGGUUUUACUUUAAGUGCAGCUUAUGGGAUUUUGUUUGCUGAAGCAUAACUUCAUAUUUUGUGUGCUCGCUUCAGCGUGUUGGUUUUGCCAUUCGUGCGUCCGCGUAUAUUUUUAGCAAUACGCAUACUACCAGACAGCCAUAAGAGCUCUUUUUAUGCAUGGCUGCUGGUGGAGAAGAAGAAGAGAGAGAGAGCGCUGAAAUAAUCGGGGAAUAUUGUAAAACAGGGCUACUGCUGAUGUUUAAUGUAACACAAGGGAGGAUUUUCACUGCCUGCUUCUGUCUCCUCUGUUUGUUUUUGCUCCACUUCAUCCAUUAGCCGGCUCUGUUGCACUGCACCUCACCGUACACUGUCUCUGUCCACUCGCAUCCAAUAUUCUUGGCAAUGCCCCGCGUUCCCAGCUACUCAGCCAAGUUCUACGGUAGCAACGUUGAGGUGCGUGCUUCAAAUAAACACAAAUGUCCUGUUGUGGAGUUCAGUUUAUCGUGACAGCAGUGGUGCAGCAGAGCGGCGUAACCUUUGGGAGGAUUUGUUUUGAGCCGCCUGCUGCCUGCUGCUGCUGCGUGCUGCUUCAGUGCCUCUAUUGAUGCCUUAAUUCAUCUGCGUUGAAAAAGAUGGCAUGUAAAAACAAAAAGCACUAAUAACUGAGCGAAAUUCACAUAAGGGAAUAUAAUUUUAGAAAAUAUAAUUUUCAAAUUUUCUUUUUGGUUUUUUGGUUUGCAUUUUGCAUCUUGAGGUCAUAUUAGAAAAAAACCAUCUUAUUCUUAUUUAUUAUGCUAAUUUAGUUUGGUAAUUUGUAGAGCCAAUGUUUCUGUUCAAGGAAGAUAAAUUAAAAGCGACAUCAAAAAAUUUAGAAGAUUUUAUUGUAACUUUGAGCUACUAGCGGUGGCACUUUUUUUUUUUUUUGAGAAAUAGCAUCAAUUUAAUAUUAAACAGAACUUGGGGUAAACAUAAAACAUUUUAUAUUUUUCUCCCACUCACAUUUGAUCCAUAUUAAACAUGCACAGAACCUUCCACGUUUUGUUCUCCUUGUAAUCAUUUAUAAAUAGACCUUGUGACAAACUCCUUUUAUGUGGUGGUGGCAAAAUACCACUACAUAAAUGAUUUAAAAGAACACAGCUUUUAAUUUUAGUGCUUUUAUUGUGCAGGGAAAAAUUCAAAAUUGGUGUAAUCACAAACUCAGUUGCAACAGCAAAUGGUAGCCAUAAAUAUUCCAGUUGAAUAAAGGUCAGUAAUGCCCUUUCGAUGCAGCUUUUUCUCAUUUUGUAAGUUGAUCAGAAUUUCUAGGAACUUUAAGUUUUAAGUCCACAACUUUCUGCUUCAGAGGUGUAUAGAUACAACAUGGAUUUAUGUUUGCCACUCGAAAGGGGAAACAGAGUAGAUGCUACUGAAGAAAGGCAUAUAUGUGUUUUUUGUGUCAGGAACAAGGCAAUUGCUCCCGGCCAAAGAGAACAACAAUAAAAAAUGUAAAACGACUGAAGUUGUAAGGAAUAAAGCAGGACCAGGUUUGUCUUGCAGCUACACUCAGCGAGGUAACGGAGGUAUAAAAAUAAUAAAAAUCUCCAAAGCUAGAAAAGAUUGCCAUCUUAGGGCCACCAAAUCAUUAUAACAAUUUAUUGUGAGAAAAGAAAAAUAUACUGAAUUACUGGUUAUCCACUUUGCAGAAAACUGCUUUACUCCACAUUGCUUAGAUAUUUUUGCUAAUUUACUAUAUUUCCUUCAAAUAGUGCAGACAUGCAGAAGAUGUUUGAAUCCACCAUAUUAGAGCUGGUCUGUUGAAAACUAUAGGAAAUUUUGUCAAAUGAAAUCAACAUCUAUGGUGGGAGAUUAAAUGCCAGUGUAUAGUCUAACCAAAGUUUCUUUCGUGCUCUAUUUCUUUUGUUUUUUUUUAGUUAUUGAUUCAAGAUUACAUGACAGGCUUGUGACACAAAUGAGAGUACUUUAAAUGGUCAACUUUAUGCCAUUUUAAACAACUGUAUAAAGCAGAGCACAAACUUUAUACAUCUUUUUAAGGAAUCUGUGUGUAUUGUUUUAAAAAACAAGCAUUUAAACAGUUAUGAUCAGAGUUGUCUGAAGCCUUUCUGUUCAGGCCCAAGCUUUCCAAAACAUCAGGAGUAGUUUUUCCUCUUAAGUGAGAGAGAGAGAAAAAAAAUUAAUUUUAGAGUGAAUCCAAAGCUGAACUGAAGCAGCCUCUUCGUACACUGUCCCGACUCUGUUUAUGUCUGUCUGUCGUCCAUAGCAAGGCAUAAAAUGAAGCACAGGGCUAACAAUAACUUUGACAAGGUGCCAAAACCAUCAUCUGUUUUGCAAUCCACCCACAGCAUCAUCCAUUAUAUCCAAUUGAAUCCAAUAGUUUAGAAAAGAUCAUCUGUUGUUUGUGAGCAGGAAGAAAGAUUGUACAAGUAUGUACGCAAUGUCUGUUCAAGAUGGCUUUAAGACAGAGAUCUGCAACAAAACAAUAAUUCCUCAUAUGUGAAAAAUCAUGCUAUGCAAAAUGAAAUCGUCACAGGAUGUUUCCAGCUAACAGUUGUGAGAUUUGGAUUUUCUUUGUAAAAGGGAAAAAAUAAGUACAUCUGUCUUGUUUUUGUUGGUGUCAUCACUUGUCUACUGGUGCUCCACGAUGAAUCGGAGUUUAUAAACACCAUAUAUGCUAGUAACCAUUUAGAAGACAUGCAUCUUAUGCAUCUGUUCUUAAAAAAAAAAAAAAGAUGGCAAACAAAAUGUCUGAGCUGAUACAAGACGAGAUAUAAGGAUGUUUUCAUUGAACCUGCUGGCUCCUGCAACUUUCAGUAGCAAACGGCUCUUUUUUUUUUUUUUUUUCUUUAGUUGAUCUCUCUGACUGAAAAAUCUGACUUUCCUCCCUUAUUGGAGACGAAGCAUGCUGUGUGCUUCUGCUCUCUGAGGGUCGUAAUGGUGCUUUUCGUCUUUCUUUCUGUGGAGGUCAGAUCCUGACUGACGGCUCCAAAAAGGCAUCUGCUCCCAUUCAUUUGGAAACAAGGUUCUGAAUUAGGACGAUAUCAAGCCGUCACGUUCAACGCGGCCUCUUUACGACUCGGACUUGUUCAAGAGUUUCUGCUUUGGGCUUGGACGCUCUGGUAGAUUUGGGCUUUGCUCUUAAGAGUCACUGUAUAUUUCUCUGUGUCUGUAGUCUACAGUCAAGUAUUUACAGUAUAUGAAUACAUAUAUAUAUAUAUAUAAAUAUAUCUAUUUUCUUUGUAUGCAUAUAUUCAUUACUAUUUUUGCACUGACUUACUGAGAAAUGGGUUUAUUUUUUUUCCACAAAGGGUGCUACUAUACUGGAGGCCUUCUCCCACACCUUUUUGCAUGACUUGCUCAAAAUUCCUCAACUGGUCUGUCAUCUCUCCUCCUUGAACUGUUGCAACUCAAGCACUGUAAUUUUGUAUUCCCUACUUGUGAGCUUUGAAAUAAAGACGGAAGCUUCAAAUUUG